UUGGGUUUGGCACCCCACCUAUGGGGCUUGGCACCCCACUUUAUCAAAUACGGAAUUUAAAAUUCCGUAUUCUCCCUAUUGAAUACGGAACUUAAAAUUCCGUACUGUAUUUAAGCAUGCGUGUCACAUUUUCAACCACUCAUUAUAUACUAAAACAGAUACGGAAUUUUAUUUUCCGUAUUGAUACGGAACUUUAAAUUCCGUAUUUAAUAAAGUGGGGUGCAAAGCCUAAGGGGUGGGGCACCAAACUCAAUUCCCCCUUUUCACUCAUGCCUUGCAUGCUUCUUUUGCUGUACGGACACGGUAAGCAGAAUUGAAUCGUUUUCUUCCCAUUUUCCCUCUUGAUUCCUUCUUCCCUAUUCAACAACAACAUGCUUUUGCUUCUGAUGCUGUGUUUUCCUUCUCUUCUUCAACAUUGUUCUUGAACUGAACUGACCUCUGUUUUUACUCUGUUUCUACAAUGCUAUUAUCACAUUCAUAGGCAUUAGUACUAGUAGUGUUGUUCCCCAGCUGAAAGGAACCAUUUUUCUGAUUCUUUCCCUUGUUUUGAUCAACCCCUUUUGUUUUUUCUUGCUGUGUUGGUCAGGCACGAACGAACCCCACUCACUCCCACGUUCUAACCCCAUUUUCUAUUUUUUCCUAUUUUUCUGCAUUCAAAGGGUUUUUUUUUUUUUUUUGAAAUCAAGGUGGUACCUUUGUUGCAUGUUUACAACUAGUGCUUCAUCAUUGUUAGUUCCAUUGAUUGUUCUGUUCAUGAUGAAUUUAUUGUUCUAAUUUUUUCAUUAAUGGGUUGUUGUUUCCUAGGUUGCUGUAAUAAUAUAUUGCAUCUUGUACUUCACUGUUUGUUUAGUCUUCUUUGUUCUUUAUUUUUGGUGGUAAUGCUGUGUAUUUAUUUGAUGAUUUAAUAUUGUCUCAGGUGUUAUCUGUGUUGGCAUUUGUGACUAGAAGAACAUAUAAUAGGCAAUGUCACUGCAAUCUGAACAAAGUGGUGGUGAUUUGAAGGAUUUUAAGUGGGGUCGUAAGAGGGGAGUUGGUGUGAAAAAUAAAGCCAUCCAGUUUUAUGAGUCAUUUGUUUAUGAGGGUGUGAAGUACUCUCUUUAUGAUUGUGCUUAUUUCUACGACGCUCGUCAUGUAGAAACUUCUAUAGGUAAGCUUGUGAGGAUGUAUGAGGGGCCAAGUCAUAAUAAGAUGGUGAAAGUUGUCUGGUUUCUUCGUCCUGGUGAAAUUCGCAAUUUCAUGGGGCAUUAUCGGCCAAGUUGGGAUGAGUUAUUCUUGGCAUCUGGUGUGGGCAAAGGUGUUUCCAAUCUCAAUUAUCUGGGAGCAAUUAUUGGAAAAUGCAAUGUUGUUUGCACUUCAAAGGACAGGAGAAACCCUGAACCAUCUGAUACUGAUUUAAAGAAGGCAGACUACUUUUUCGAUCACACUUUUGAUGUUGGAAAGCUUGAACUUGUUGAUAAAUUUGCUGAUAAGAUUGAUGGAAUUGAAGUGGAGCAUUUCUUCAAUAGGAAGGGAGAUAAUGAAAUCAGAAAUGAUCUGCAUGUUGGGACAAAUCCAAGAAAAAUUGUGACAAAGACUAGGACUGACCCUUCUGAUAUCUUGCCCUAUCGAGUUAAAGAUAAAGCUGAAGCAAUGCCUCCUAAUAUUGUCUUGCCAGAGAAAUCGUCGAAUUCUUUUCCAUUUAAAAAGAGGAAGAUUGAAGAAGAGAAGCCAGCCAUUAGUCCAAGUAGCAAGUCCCCUAAGGAAGAGGAGUUCAUUGAGAAGGAGGCUGAACUCAUACAGGAUAAAACAGACGAAACAUGCAGCAAAGCCAUUGAGGUGACUGAAAGGCCGGGUGCAGAAAGAAGAAAGUGGUUUAAGAAAAUGCCUUGGGAAGAAAGACUACAGAGAGCUGAAGAGUUAGAUACCCUGGUUUUACUGGAUAAUCUGGAUCCAUCAUUUACUUCAUCUGAAGUUGAGGAUCUUGUCUGGCAUGCUUUCCAAGAGAAAGUUGAGGCAAGGAUGAUAGAACAGAGCCCGAGUUCCAAUCCAUAUUAUGGUAGAGCAUUGGUAAUUUUCAAAACAAAAGAUGCAGCUAAAUCUGCAAUAUUUGAGUUGAAUAAGAGAUGCCUUGUUCUCGGAGAAGGGAGAGUACUGAAGUUAUCAGAGCAGUUAAAUAAACCAAAGGAGGAUGGCUUAAUUAGCAGGAAAGGCGGUUAGAACUUAGAAGUAGUUAAGGGUUAGAGAGUUAGUUAGCAAAAGGGGGAAUUAUGUAGUGUUGUUAGUGGUAAAUUUUUAGCUUCUGUGUACUCAUCUUCACUUUGUAUAUAUUGUGAAACUCUUGUAUAUUUAUUCAGUUGAAUCAGAUCAGAUCAAAUGUUUGAUUUCUCUCAAAUGCUGGUUAGAGUUUUCUGAUCUGAGGAACACAAUCUUCUAAUUCAUUGAUAUAUGGAUCGUAGAUGCGCAGAUGUGUAAGUCACCACAGAAUAAUGGUUUGAGUUAAUAUUUCCUCACAAUUAGGUUAGAUAAAUAAAAACAAAAGCAGGGAUUCUGCAUUGAUGCUGCGGGGAAGGAUUAACUGAUUAAAUAAUGCAAAUCAAUGUGCAUUCUUCUUUUUCCAUUAUCAUCUGCUAUUGUAAUGGAAGUAUAGAUGUCCUUGAUAGGAGACAAUCGUGUGAGUUAAGUAGGAUUACUAUAAGCAACAAAACUCUUUCUAUAAGCAAUGUAUUCAUGGCUUAAUCUCGAGACUACUAAUAAAGCUGGAUCAUCCUAGCCAUAUUGGCCGAUCCAUGCAUUAUGAAAAUUCUUGCAUCCGUCAUAGAAUGGAAGGGAUAACUUUGAUAUUAAAUGGCUCUAAUUUUUCUAAAGCAUUUUUAAACUUUACAACACAACAUUGUU